AUGAACGAGGCGAACAACAGAGGAAGAAGCCGACAGCGUAGAAAUAACAACAACGGAAUUAACGCGGAAGAUAGCGAAAAUAAUAAUUUCAUUCUGAAUGACGAUGGUAUGUUCAUCGACGAUAAUGACUCGUUAGAGGAUGAAUGUAUCACUCCAAAAGACGAUGAAGAUAACGUCAACUCUAGAAGAAAGAGAACAGAUAGAUUAAACCGAAACGAAAAUAAAAACAUGGCGAACGAGAGAGGAGAGUCCAACAAUGGUAGCGGCAGCUUGGGCCGCGGCGCCAACAACCCCCAUGCGCAGCAACAGGCGCACGAGCAGUACGGCAAUCGACACCCGGAGGGCAGCAAUUCCAGCGUGCUCAUAAAUGGCGAUCUCCCGAAUAGCGGCCUUCCGAAUAGCGGCCUCCCGAAUAGCGGCCUUCCGAAUAGCGGCCUUCCGAAUAGCGGCCUCCCGAAUAGCGAUCUCCCCAAUAGCGACCUUCCUAACGACACAGCGCAGAGCAUCACGGGCAACACCCGAAACGGGCUCUUCGUUUUCAACGGAGACAACAUCCUGGGUGGCUACGACGGCAUUGGGGGCAGCGGCAUGCGCGGUGUGAGCCAGGGCCUGCUCGACGGCGUAGCCGCAGGAGUAGCGCUAAAUGUGGGCGCGAACGUAGCCUCGAACGUAGCCUCAAACAUCCCCGCGAACGUAGUUGCGGGCAUCUCGGGCCACAUGGCGGACGGCGAAGGAAGAAAGAACGACCCCCUGAGCCACCCCCACGGGGGCGAGAGGGACGACGUGUUCGUGAACGGAUCGAGCAACUACUUCGUGCAGAACGGCGUGCACGCGGAGAGCAACCACGCGGACGAAGUGGGAGAUGCGCGCGAGGAUGCGGCGGUGGAGCAUCUGGAGGAGCAUCUGGAGGAGCAGCAUGAGCAGUAUGACCAACUGAGCAGAGAAAACCACGCGAACGCCCUGAUGCAAGGAGCCCAGUUGAGCGAAGUCCAGGCAAGAGAAAAUAUAAAAAAGAAGGACGACGAGGUGGAAAGAAAUAUGCUGCACCUGGUGGAGCACGAGCAACUGAAUGACGAACUAGUAGUGGCAUCAAUUCUUAACAAUGCAAACCUGGUGGACACAAGCCCCUUUGUAAACACAUUAAGUAGUGCAGUAGGAGGAGUACCGACGGGGGAUUCUUCCCUCCAGGGGGUAGGAGCCCAAGGAUCAGCAGUAGCUCUCCCUACAGGAGGACUAACAGUCGAAAGUUUCAUACAGUGUCUGAAGAGAGAACUCACAUGCCCCAUAUGUCUAGACUAUUUCUACCUCCCCGUAACGAUGAACUGUGGGCACACCUUUUGCCGCUACUGCAUAGGCCACAACAAACUGAAUGGAAAGAAUUGCCCUCUGUGUAGACAAGCCCUAGGACACACCGUAUGCAUUAACACAAUUAUUUCAAAUCUAGUACGCAUAUAUAAUUUGAGAAGAAAGUCCAUCAAAAUAUAUAAGUCGAUCGAAAUAGUAAACACCGUGGAUGAAAUCUGGUGGAAUGAAAACUUCAUUAAACCCCAAGUGAGUGUCCCCCUCUUUCUACGUAUCUUUCUGAACGAUAUGAUUUCCGUGCCUGUCUUUUUUGAUGACCUCACUGCCUGCAUUGUAGAUUUCUUCACAGUAAAUAAUUUGUGGUCAAAAGCCAAGUGGGUAUUUAACAUUAACGACUGUAAAAUAUUUAGCGAGCUGAUUGGGUACGAUAAGGACAAUAAGGAAGUGACGAAUGAUAGGCUACACGCAUGGGUGGAAAACUACAUCACACAGAACCCUUCCAUGUGCAUUAGGAAAGAUGAGAAAAUAAUUUUAAAGAUCAUUCAAGAUAGAACCCAUAAAAUUGAUAGCCAAUUUUUCGACUCAUCUGCUCUACCGAAUAGGUUGCCUUGGGAUGGAGGGAGACAUGUUAAGAGUUUAAUUCAUAUGCCCCAUUCAUCCGUCUCCCUAUCGCACCUUAUAUUUGUGAAGGCAGAAAAUAACAACAUUGGGGUAGUGGAUUGUGGGUCUACCAUUGGCACCAUGAUUAAGGUGAAUAACAACCACGUGUUGAAGGAGGGAGAUAUCAUCCACAUAGGGGACCGACUGGAAGUUACCGUAUCGAUAGAUAAAAACACGGCCGGUAUGCCCUACAAAGGGUACGUGUGGGAUAAGAAGUCCAAUAAGGUGCUUGACAGGCAUGAGCUAAACGAGCUGAUGAAGGAGAAGGGCAAGGAAGGAGGCGAGGACGCAGACAGGGAGAGGGCAGUCAACGCUAGAGAAAAUGAAGUCGACGCGGAACAGAGGGAAGAAGCGGGAGCUGAAGUGGGAGCCGAAGCGGGAGCCGACCCCACUGCGGAACGUCCCCAAGAAAGGAUCCCCGAACAAGCCGCCGACCGAGCGGCAGAUGCAACGGACCCCGCCAACAACGGGAGCGAAGAUAACAUCCCCUCAUAUUGCGAAAAUAUCGAGUCCAAUUUGCUCAUCAAAUUUGACUUUGGAACGGUAAAGGAUGAAGUCACUUUGAAAACGGAGUAUAUAGAUCCUAAGGGAGUAGUCCUAGGGAGAGGUCCCUAUGCGCAGUCCAGUUACAAAAAACUGUCCGUUACCAAUUCGAAUGGGUACGUAUCUAGAGAGCACUGCUUAAUAUACUAUGAUGGAACCAAGCCCGUUGGAGAAAGAUGGCUUCUGAGGGACACUAGUACCUUGGGAACGUUCUUAAAAAUCCCGCCCUUUUCUGAUCCCGUCGCUCUACCCGUGGGUUCUAUCUUUAAAGCCGGCCAAUGCAAAAUUGAAGUUUGUUCUCGGGACAGCGCCCAAUUUGCGCAGCACCCGGCCAGGUCCAUUUCGCUGCUCAACGCGAACAACCGACCGAACAUGGGCCCGCCCAACCCCGACGACGGUCGCAACAACAACAAUGGAAGUGGCAACGCAAACAAUCAGAACAACUCCGGUGGGGGUGGAAGCGGCGGAGGGAGCGCUGGUGGCAAUGGUAACAGCGGCGGAAGCGGCGGCGGAAGCGGAAGUGGUGAUGGCCACGAAAGGGGAAGUGGCGGACAGAGCCGCGGAGGCAACCACCACGGCAGCGGCAGAAGCAACAACCGUAAUCAGCCAAACCGAGGAGGCAUGAAUCACAACCUCAUGUUUGCCAGAUGCGGAGAAAGAAUAGAUCCCAGUAGUAAUGACAGCAGUAGUGUAGAGAGCUUGCGGGGGUACGACUAUAGGGAGCAGUACCACCACCACCAUCAUCAUCACCCCCUUGAUGAGCAUAACGGGGGAGGAGGCGGCGGCUACUGGGUGUUUAAUGGGAGUGCUCUGCGGAACGAUCGGAGGGGUCGAAGGUCCUAUAAUGUGCCGAACAACGGCAACUUUGCCAGCCUGCCCAACAGAGUGACCAUGGCGAGAAGCAACCAUGACGGUAGUGGCGGCAUUGGCGGUAUUAGCGGCAGUGGCUGCAUUAGCGGCAGUAACAGCGCCUGCGUGAGUGCUCGCGGCGCGCACCAUCAGCAGCAGCAGCACCAGAACCCCCUUCACCAGUACCAGCAGUACCACCACCAGCCGCAGCAGCAACAGCACAACCGGGACACGUACUUCUAUAACUACCUCCAACACAGGGUCAGCCACCAAGGGAACGACGAAGGAUUGACGAACAGCAACGACGGCAAUGAAAACAGCGAUAAUGAAAACGGGAACAACGGAUCCCCGAAUGGCGGCAUCGAUGACGCGAGGAACAACGACAGUGCGAAUGGAGCCAAUGGCCCCAGCGGUGCGAAUGGAGCGAGUGGCCCCAGCAGCAGUCAAAACACGCGUCACCACGGCAGUGGAAGUAGUACCACCAAUCGUUACAAUGGGCAUAUGAGUCGACAUCACGGAGGGCACACCAACCGCGAUGGAGACGACCGAGCCAAUCGACGUUCCCACGGAAACAACCUCCUCAACGAGAUGCUCAGCGUUAACGCUGAAAGGAGUCGAAUGCACAGAGAAGGCUACUACAAUGCGCCUUUAGGAAGUAGCUUCGUAGACGUGAGCUACGGAGAAGUCGUCCCUCAGAGGCACUUCCACCACGCAAGCCACAAUGGAAGUCUGUACGUGCAUGGCAUGUGCAGAAUCAACCCAGUAGUAUGCAGUGCUCCCACCGCAGGAGCGAACCUUUUUCGAAGCAACAGCUUUAAGUCCUGCCAGAGAGGCAGAGUGCAGUAUGUGGAGGCGAGUCCCAGUCGUUACCACCGUGGUGGUAUAAAUCGGAGGCACCAAAUGGAAGUGAGAAGGGAUGAGGAAGGUGAAGACCCAAAUGGGGAGAGCCACCAAAGUGGUGACUCGAAUGAUGAGGGACUCCUUCUAAACGGGGGCGUAGUGAACCAAUUCCAAAGGAGUAAUGACUCCAUCGUCCCGUAUAAAAACACUCGUAGUACCUCCAGCUGUGAGAGGAAGAUGAGCAUGCACCCGCACAAGAAGAGCAACAAGGGAGGCAACGAUGUAGUAGACGCUCGCAAGGGCUUGGUUUAUUGGAGCCCCGUGAGCGAAGGCUGUUGGAAUGUCGUGAAUGAGAGGGAUUUUCUCGGCAACAACGUUUCGAGCGAUCUGGCCUGUAGUGCAUGUGGACGGAGGGGGAACUACUGCAAGCCGGAGAGCGUCUACAAGAAGAAGAGACAUCACGCGGAAACGUUUAUGUACAGUAGCCUCUCCACCGUGGAGGAGGAGGAAGAAGAGAGGGGAAAUAGCCUCACCGAGGGGGAAAACCUGAGCGGGGGCGCCAAGGCGGACGAGCAGGGGGAGUCGGGCAUCCAAGAUGAGGAGGACCACUGCGAUGGAAGAAGCGAUUCCAAUUUGGAUGGCAGCUGCGGUCUUAGCUGCGAUCCCUGCCGCGAUGCCAGCCGCGAGGACGACGUGAGCACGAAGAACAUCAACACCACCGCAGCCCAGACGGGCAUCUUUAACGAAAUUGAGCCGCUCAAAUUGAUUUACGACUACAUCCACGGAAUAGGGACCAACGAGUUUGACAGCUCUGGCAUCAACCGAAGACUCAUAUGGGAAGAAAACGAGGAAAUGAUGAACCUGCUAAAUAGCUCCAACGUGAAGACCAAAAAAAUUAACUCUCUGAACAUAUUCCCCAUGGUGCAUCUGCCUCUCCACCACGUUGAGCAUAGGCAGGCGGAGGAAGACCCCCUCGAGGGAAAAGAAAACACGAAAAGAGUGUUACACACGGAAAGUGACAUUUCUUGUGAACAUAAUGGGAUGCUUCCUUCCAUAAAGAUGAGUAACUGAGAGGAAUGUAAUGUAAGGGGAACGUGAUGAGGCGGCCCCUCCCCUCUGUGCUCUCGUCAGCCGUGGAAACAUGUAGUAGUAAACUCAACGGUGGAGACACACCACAGAGUGCACAACAAAUAUGACGUGUGUGCAACGCUGUACCCACCAAAGAAGUAGUUGCAAUUUUCACCUCCGCAGUUUCAGUGUUUUGCAUAGGGCACUCUUUCCCUUGCGAGCACUCCAAAAAGUGCAAGUGCGUGUUUAACGCAGCAAAAAAAUAGAAAAAUAAAUAAAAAAAAAAAAACACCCAAACGGAAGUAUGAAUCCCCCCGGGGAACAAAUCCACACACUCACUCAACACAUAGCAGUAUUCACCCUUCGCGUGUUUACCGUGCGCCCCUAAAAUGAAUUGACAAGAAGAACGUCUAUAGAAUAACCACCCCAUAGAGCAGUAUCCACACGUUGGUAAACAUGCAAGCCGAACACCUUUGGGAGUGCAGCUCCCGUUUGUGCAUCCACCCCGAUAGAUGAGCCCCAAAAGUGGAGGCAAACCAAAACAGGAACGCAGCGGCGGGGUUAUCACUUCUAGACGACACUUCAAAACACGUACACAUGCGUGUGUGUGUGUUUGCUUAUAUGCAUGUUUGCAUAAGCAGCGAGUUCCUCGUAACAUACUCACGUACGCAUGUGGAAGACGCACACCUCACCCGUUUUAUUUUUUUUUUGAUGGACCCACCCCC